GUUCGAGGUUUCGUCUGCUUCCACUGCGGUCGAGGUGUGUGGUGAAAGUCGGAAGUUGGAGUUUCACCAAGUGACACUUGACGCAAACGAAAUGGCAGAAGACAGCACUUAUGAAUCGAUGCUCUGUGUGAAGCCCGAGGUCCACGUCUACCGGAUUCCGCCGCGGGCUUCGAACCGGGGCUAUCGUGCUGCUGAUUGGAAGCUGGACGAACCCGCAUGGAGUGGGAGAAUGAAAAUCACUGCAAAAGGAAAGCUGGCCUACAUCAAGUUGGAGGACAAAAACACAGGAGAGCUUUUUGCCCAAGCUCCAGUUGAACAGUAUCCGGGCAGUGUAGUUGAAGCGGUCACAGACUCCAGCAGGUACUUUGUGAUCCGGAUAGAGGAUGGAAAUGGCCGUCAUGCUUUUAUCGGUCUGGGCUUUGCUGAUCGAGGAGACUCCUUUGAUUUCAACGUUGCUUUGCAAGACCAUUUUAAGUGGGUAAAGCAAGAAGGUGAGCUGGCCAAAAUGGAAGCAACCCAGAGUACCGCACCAAAGCUCGACCUGAGCUUCAAGGAGGGGCAGACCAUCAAGAUCAGCAUCGGGAAUAUCAAGAAGAAGGAUGCAUCUGGUGCCAAGCCGCGCCCCAUGGCUGGAGGUCUGCUCCCACCUCCACCAGGAGUUAAGGUUGGAGGUGUCAUCCCACCUCCUGGCAGCCAGCACACAAUCACACCUGAACAACAACAAACAAACAUUGGCCCUUUUUUAGACUUUGGGUCCCCUGUCUCUGAAACCCAACCCAGCUCUGACAUGUGGGGGGAUUUCACAUCUGCAGGUUCCAAAUUAUUACCAUGACUUGGAUGACUGAGAAUCUACACAGCCAAUAGGCAAGCACCUAGCUCCAGUAAAGAUGCUGUCAAAUCAGGCUGGGUGCAGUUCAGCUGAGUGUGGACAAAUGUGGACAUGCUCUGUUUGCAUACAUUCCAUGGAUGGGAUGAUUGUGUGGGGAAAGAAAAAAAGAAGUGGGAAACAUGGCAAACUGGUCUGAUUAACUCACAGCAGCCACCCAUGUGAGGGUCACAUACCAACUUGCUCUAAAAAGGAAACAUGGUCACCUCUACAUUAUUAUUAUUUUUACAUUAUUUUCCCUUUUCACUCCCCUAUGUAGAAGGAUCCCUCUAUGAUUUUAGUAGUUGGGUAACCACAAAAUGUGUGUUAGUUUGAGUUACUUCCUCCAUUAUUGCUUUAAAUCAAUCAGCACCUCGUCUUUUUGGACUCUCAUGGAAUCCCUCGGAAAUCUGUGUAGAAUCAAAUGAAUGUCUUUUCCCCUCAGUCUUUCGCAAAACGUUUUGCUUUCAGAUCCGAAGAGUUAAAACUGUUUUCCUUUUUUUUUUUUUUUUUUUUUUUGCAGGAUUCAUUUUCAUUACUUGUAUUGUUUUUAGGAGGACCUGCAGUACUGAGCUCAGUGGUUAUGUUGCUAUUUUGAUGAAUAGUUUUACAUGGAACCCUUUAAUUGUUAAUCUAAAGAGCUUUUAAACAUGAUUUCAUGUUUUCAGGUUUGUCUUUGUUUACCCAGUAAGUUUUUUUUCCCCUUUUAAUGUGCCUUUUACCAAAAAAGAAAUGUCCUUAUUCUUAUUCAAAAGUUGCACUGAGUAUUUAAGUGCCUCAGAAAAAAAAUGUAUAAAAUGUAAACCUCUUUGUAAAUAAACAGUAUAUUUCA